UAUUCCAUCCUUUCACCACAUCCAUUGGCUUAUCAUCAACACCACAAAUCUUCCAACUCAAAGGUCAACUCCCUCCAAACUCCAAAUCCAAAUCCAAAAAAUGGCCUUGUCCCUCCACUUCCAACAACUCUUCCAUUCCCCCACCACAUUCCCCUCGCAACCAAAACCACCAACUACCCUUCUAACCACCCUCAAAUUACCACCAACACCAUCCCUUCCUCUACUUGCCAUUGCUCAAAACGCCUCCCUUAGCAACAUUGACAAAGUUGUGUUGCCUCUUCAACUCAAACGAGAAAUGAUGCCGAAACAUGUGGCGGUUAUAAUGGACGGGAAUAGAAGGUGGGCGAAAAUGAGAGGAUUUCCAGUUGCAUUAGGAUAUGAAGCCGGUAUUCGAGCUGUUAGGAAGCUGAUUGAGCUGUGUGGAAAUUGGGGAAUUGGAGUUCUUACUUUGUUUGCUUUUUCAUCUGAUAAUUGGUUACGUCCUAAAGUGGAAGUUGAUUUGUUGAUGGGCUUGUUCGAAAGAGUACUGGAAGAUGAACUUGAAAAAUUUGCCAGAGCAGGGAUUCGGAUAUCUAUAAUUGGUGACACUAGUAUGCUCCACAAGUCAUUGCAGGAGUUGAUAGAUAAAGCUGUAAAGACCACUAAGGAAAAUUCACAACUUCACGUAGUUAUUGCAGUUAACUAUAGUGGACAGUAUGAUGUUGUACAAGCUUGUCAAACCAUUGCUCAAAAAGUGAAGGAUGGCAUUAUCGAACCCGAAGACAUCAGUAGUUUCCUAGUAGAGCAGGAGUUACAAACGAACUGUACUGAUUUCCCAUGUCCUGAUUUACUUAUAAGGACUAGUGGGGAGCUAAGACUCAGCAAUUUCUUACUCUGGCAGUUGGCCUAUGCUGAACUGUUCUUUUCACAUUCACAUUGGCCUGAUUUUGGAGAAGCUGAAUUUUUGGAGGCUUUGUGUUCCUUUCAACAAAGGCAAAGGCGCUACGGUAGUCAAGGCUCCUAGCUUUAUGCCAUGAACUUUUGGAUAAUUGUGAGGCUGAGAAAACCUUAUGGAGAACAUUGAAGGUCAGUUCUCAUGAGAAACACGUUUGAGUACUUAAGAGCUAUGUUACUCUGAUCCUUUUUGGAAGAUCCAACAUGGGUGUAACAACAUUAGGUUAUGUAUUAGGUAGAAAAUAACGAGGACACACGGCAUCAAUAGGGGAGUUUGGGAACAAGGUAGUAACGAGAGGUAUAACGACACCAAAAGCAUGAUCGGAGGAGACUACCCUUGACAAAAGAGCCGAAAUCAGCAAUUUGGAAAGCGGUAACACCAGAGAGCAUGAAGUCCAAUGAGUGUCGAAGGGCCCGUGUCCACAUGACAUGGCUAAAAGGACAUAAGGACUGAUGUGCAGAUAUUAUCGUACUAACCGCUAACGGCAUUGCCGUGUGGUCAGAUCCCAUUGAAUGAAGUAUUGUAGGGCUCAAGUGGAGCCAUUUAAUUGGCUCAUGCCCAUCAUUUCAACUUCAAGCAAUACAACAAAAAUUCCAUUCA